AUGCCGUCCACUCUAGGCAAGCAGCUGUUGUUUGGUGCGAUCAUGACAUUCUUCAUGAUGGUCAUCCUAUUCUUGAGUUAUGCGCUGGUAAUACACGAGGAAAAAGUCCAAGUGUGGAACAUAAUCCAGAAUCGGGGGGCUCAGCAGUUCACGCGGAAUGGAACAGCCAACUAUUGGUAUUACGUUGUUCGAGAUAUGGACAAGAUAGCCAACAUGACAGAUGCAUUGCAUCUCGACAGGACAACGCAUGUCAUCCCGACGAAGAAUGGUUUCAAUGUUCUUGGAAAAGAUUUCGAGAUACAUUUCGAUCGCAUCAACGCUGGGAAUGGUGGUGAAACUGAGGAGGAUGGAAGCCAUGUAAAAGAGGAUUUCAUGCCAACUCUCGUCAAACGGAAGACGUACGUGUGGGAGUUCAAAAGACGGCAGCACGUUUAUAACAUUUCAAUACCGGUGGUGGUGCAUGAGAAGCACGAAAAGUUGGGUACACCGCCGUUCCAGAACGCCAUUCCGCCACUGAAGGAUUCUGAUAAAAAGCAUUAG